CCAGCAGAGGAUUAGAGCGACCUGCUCUCCAAUGUACAGGUGCGCAGAGACCGACUCCCUGGAAUAUAUAGGCCGACCAAUGAGUUGUUGAUAAUUGUUUUGAGGAUAACACAAGACAGCAACAGACAUCAGUUGUGGUGGUUUCUUUUCUGCUCCAUUUGUAAUUUGCUUUGCUUUAGUGGGGAUCUUUUUAUGGUGAGGAACACAGAAUGAGUGUUUCUGCAGUGAAAAACGGACACGAUGAGUACGAGGAUGAUUUUGAGAAAGACCUGGACUGGCUUAUCAGUGAGGAGAGCAAGAGAGAGGAACAGGAUCCUGAUGAUUAUGAUAUCGAAGCUCAGAUUGACAAAGAACUUGAAGAAGAAGAGUUUAAAGGAGACCUACAGAAGGAAGUGCACAAAAAUGGAGAUUUGGAAGAAGAUGGAGAGGAAAGAUGGCCAACGCCCAUGGAGCCAAUAGAGGGUGUGUUAGAUCCUGUCAGGGACAACCUUGUAACCUCACCGUUGAAGAAUGAUGAAGAGCUUGAUGAAGAGAAGAAAUACAUUUUAGAUAAGAUCCAAGAGGCUAACAAGCAACUGAAAGACCAAGAAGCUCCAGACCAGAGCCGCCACAGACGUCUGCAGUUUAAAGACACUUUGGUGGACUUAGUGGUGCCUGCUCAUGAGUUUGACACUCAGGAGAGCGACAGCGCCCUCUGUAGGGACUUAGAGGAAGAAGGGGAUGUAUCAGAACAAAUGCAAAAACUAAAUAUCUCUCACAUAGAGGUGACUGAGUCUGGAGAUUCUAAGGUUGAACACAAUGGGGGUACAAAGGAAGGACGGGUUUUGGUGGAAAAAGAUGGAAAGUUUGACCUGGUAAGUCUAAAGGAGGUGGAAAGUCAAGGACUGCUUCCUCCUUUAGCAACGUUUCAGGUUGAAAAUCAGCAAGCAUCCACAUGGCAGAGUGAACUUAGUAGGAGUCCUGUAUCUUCGCCGAGACAAAAAUCUACCUCGCCUUUUCCGCCCGGCAUUGAGUCCUUGUACGUCCCCAAACCUCCAACCAAGCGCAAGAACAGGCCUAGCUCUGCCAGACCGUCCCAAAGGGGAACAUGGGUCCCGGGCACCAAGCGUAGGGUUCAGUCGGCAAAUGGAGCAUCCUCUUAUUCUACUUUUACUCUCUCACCACAGCAGAAGGAAUUACUGGCCAAAAUUCAGGAGCAGAGAGAGAGGCAAGCAAAAGAGGAAGAGCAGAAGAGAAAAGAGGAAGAAGAGCAGAGGCGUCAGGAGAACGAGGUGGCCUUCCAGUCCUGGCUUAUGAGGAAGAGAGAGCAAGUACAUGAAGAGAGGAGGGUCCAGAAAGCGCAAGAAAUGGAGAUGAUGAGCUGCAAGAGAGACUGUGGUGACCCAGAGGAGGCCUUUAAAAUCUGGCUUCAGAAAAAACAGGAACAGCAGCUAAAAGAGAAACAGCUGGAAGAUAUGAAGAGACUGGAAAAGGAGAGUGGCUUUUGCCUGCAGAGCCGAGAGGAGAGCGAGAAGGCCUUCAGACGCUGGUUGAGACGAAAGCGUGCAGAGAAACGGGCAGAGCAGCAGGUGGCUCGAGAACGUUCCCGCAGGCUGGUGUUGGAAGAACGGAGAGCCAGACGCAUGCAUGACCUCCUCUGCACUGUCAAUGAGACCAAACUUUUCCGAUUCAGUGAUCCCUAUGGAUAUCGCUACUGAGCACACCCUACUAUAAACUUCAAACCAUCAUUGUGGUUUCUGCUGAAUGAGUCCAGCAUUCAUCAGAAUCUUUGUUUUCUGUUUUAACAUCUCCCUGAUACAGAGGAUGAAAGAGCAUGCAGCUCCGAACACAAACAAGACACCAAAAGACCUCUAAUCUUCUAUUCAUCCUUUUUUAAACAUAUACAGAGAUCAAACAGGUGCUUUAGUGGAUGUUCCGGUUCUUAAGAGGUAUAGCACUUGAAAUAAUUGCUAAACCCUGAUGAUUUAAUGAAGUUAUACAUGCUAAAUCAUUAGAUGUUCUCAUAUUUUCAUUUACCCUGUAGAUUGACAUUGGUCUACUGGAGACAUAUGAACAAUAGAAAUGCAGCAGUUCAGACCCAAGGCCACAAAGUUAAAGUAAUUCAAUCAUCUCCAUCCCCUGGGUUUCAGUCAAGUGGUCCGUAUGUGCCACAGGCAUUUUUGAUGGUUGUUCCUGGUCUGAUAUGCAGACACACUGUGCGUGCAGAGGCUUUUUUAUUCUGAAAUUGUACUUAUAAAUAUGUUAUUUGUUAAACAUAUUUACAUAAUACUCAACCUAUGUAACUACAAUUAAAUUAAUU